AUGAGUACUGGUUUUAAACAGAGGCUGGUCCAGACCUGGACCACAGUGCUGAUGCUCUACACCACUGGGCAGAGGAAUGGAUGGAGACACAUCCUCCUCCACACUUUCACCUGCCUCUUCAUCAGCCUGGCCAUCAGCUCCCUCCUCUUCAUCACCCUGCAGGCUGUGAGAAUUGAGCUGUGGUUGUCCUGUCUGAUAGCCGCCGGCUUUUCCUUGCUCAUGACGGUAGCUCUUUGCUUCUCCAAAAACCUUCGCUGCUUCAUCCUCCUUCUACUCAUCAGCUGCUCCAUGCAGCAAGGCCGUGCUGUCCUUCUGACAACAGGAGCCGGCCUGGUCAUGUGCCUGAGCGUCCGGAACACCUUCAGGAACCUUUGUGCUGUAUCUCAGAGCAUAGUGUGCAACCUGAAGAAGAAGAAAGAUCUGCUGGAUAACACACCCAUCAUGGACUACAUACGGAUGAUCCAGAGAGUGAAAAAGCUAUUAAAGAUGGUCUCAGAUUUUGGCCUUGUUAAAUUUGAGGCUAACCUGGACGUCAGUUAUUGGAUAGAAUCUGGUGUCCUGAGGGCUAAACUGCAGCAGGCUGAAAAAGAGCUGCAGGACAAGACAGACAGAGCUCAGGCAGUGUUUGACCUGGUGAUCUUUGUUAUUAAGAUGGUUUGUCCAGUGUUGGGAAUCAUCUUCCUGGUGGUUUUAGCAGCACUGUUCCUCAGGAAGUACCUGCGGAACAAAAGAUACAAGAAUACUUACAUCACAAGCAAAUUCGUGGAAUAUGAUGAGCAGCAGAAGGCCAAGGGGAAGCCUCAUGUUCUCCCACUGACCAAGAAGGAAGCAAGCAACUACCUAUCCAUCCCCAGUGUUAAAAUCAGGCUAAAGGAAUGUUUACCUGUUGCACUAUUCUUCAUUCCCGUUGGCUCCUACAUCUUCUGCUGGCUCCUCUUGAUUGGGCUUGAUUGGCUGCUCUACUGGAUCAUUUUGGUCAUAAAUAAACAGUUAAUGAGUGUAAAGCCUUUCUACAUUCCUCUAAGAGUAAAUGUCUAUAAAAGUGAGAAAAUCCUCUUUCUCGACGUGGGUGAAGAAAGCAACAGCGCAGAUUUCUCCUACAGUGUGAAUGUGUUUGAGAGAGAUUGUGUUCCUGAGCCCACGCUGCUGCUCUCUCAGUCUGUGGUUCCUCUCUCAGUGAUCAUCUCUGUCCUGCUGAUUCUCGGCCUGCUGACCUCCAAACUGGAGCAGGUCAAGCUGCUGGCCUCAGAGCAGUUCUUCACUGAAACCACAGAGAAGAGGGUGAAACACCUGCACGCCAAAAUCCUCCGAAAACGAUCGAAGGAAAAGUUCCCAGCACUCGUUCUUAUGAAAAACGUGAAAUUCUGGUUUCCAAUUCUGGAUUUCUGUGGAAGAAGUGAAGACUUGCCUUUACACUCCAGAACACAGACAGAUGAACACUGAUACUGUUUUAACAGCAGAGCCUGGUUCACCUGGAAACAGUGCUCACUUCUGUACAACUGCUUUAUUAUGACCUUCUGAUGCUUUAUUAACUAAAAUACAUGAACCGCUUUUAUUUAAACACACCUACCAUUCUCUGAAUUCCAAGUUAUUCAAUAGAGAAGCCUAGAUCUGGACGACACAGUUUAAUGAUACAGUUAAAGCUUGAUUUAAUGAUUUACUGCAGUGUCAAAAUAGCUGGAGAACUGUGUAAAAUCUGUUUUGUAUUAGCUUCUGUUAUUUCCUGUCAGUGAUCAAUACAAGGCAUAAUAGCACAGCUUAACUGAGAAACGUGUUUUCUGCUAUAUAUGCAGGGUUG